AGCUUAAGAGCCAAAGCCGUUGAAGACGAAGCAUAACGAAAACCCUCAGCAUGGGGGUGGCUGAAGAUUUCGCUCCCAGCUUUGUCAAAAAGCCACAGCUGCAUCAGGAAGAUGAUGGCAAUCGAUUGAUAUUUGAGUGCCAGUUAUUGUCAUCUCCGAAACCGGACAUUGAUUGGUUUCGUAGUGACAACAAAUUAGUAGAAGAUGGCCGGACCAAAUUCAAAAUUCAACCCGUUGGAGAUAAUAAAUUUACGGUAGUAUUAGAGCUCGACGAUGUAGUAGAAACCGAUGCGGGCCUUUAUAAAGUCAAGGCCAAGAACAAGUCGGGCGAAGUAUCUGCAUCAAUUAACUUAAAUUUUACGCCUGCCGACGAACCUAAAGAAAAACAAAUCGACGGUUUCGCGCCGACAUUCGCGAAAAAACCCGCCAUACGACAGGAAGAAGAUGGCAAACGCCUCUUAUUUGAGUGCCGCGUCAACGCAGAUCCCUUGCCAAACAUUACUUGGUUCCACAAUGGAGCAGAAGUCAAGGAAUCGCCACGGCACAAGCUCACUAUUGACAAGGACGUCCACUCAUAUUUUGCAACACUUGAGAUACAAAAUGUUACAGUUGAGGAUGCUGGCAAAUACAAAGUGAAUGCAAAAAACGAAUUGGGUGAAAGCAAUGCAACAAUAAGCCUCAACUUCGACAGCGACGAAGCACCCGUACCCGCAAGUGCCGAAGGCAUAAAGCCAACCUUUACCGAACGACCUGUAAUCCGUCAAAGCGAAGAUGGGGGAAAUGUAACAUUUGAGUGUAGAUGUGUCGGAGAUCCCACGCCUACAGUGACAUGGUCCCAUGGAGAAACUGUGCUGAGUGAGGGCAAACGCUACAAAAUGUCAUUAACAAUGGAUCAGAAACUUUAUCAUAUGGCAUGUCUUGAGAUUAGUAGUGUUGUCUCCUCGGACCAGGGUGAAUAUCGGGCGCAGGCGAAGAAUAAACACGGCCUUGGCGUCGCUACAAUAAAUUUAAAUUUUGAAAGCGGCUCAAAAAAAAUCCCUGAUGGCAAGUCGCCACGAUUUCCAAAAAAACCAACAAUCCGCCAAGAGGAGGACAUACUCAUCAUGGAAUGCAUAUUGGAAGCACAUCCAGUUCCGGACAUUAUCUGGUAUUGUUCUGAUAAGGAAAUCUCUGAUAAUAAAAGAACCAAAAUGACCCGCAAGGCCAUAAGCAAAGAUAGUUACAUUCUUACUCUGGAGAUCCAAAAUCCCACAAAAGAGGACGGAGGCAACUAUCGCUGUAACGCCAUAAAUAUGUAUGGAGAAAGCAAUGCAAACAUAGCGCUUAACUUCCAAGGUGCUAGCGAUGCCAACGGGUUCGCGCCGUCUUUCAUUGAGAAGCCGAGAAUAAUACCGAAUGAGUCGGGCACAUUGAUAACCAUGAAGUGCAAGUGUAAGGCCAAGCCAGAGCCCACUGUCACGUGGUAUAGGGGCCAGGAAGUAGUGGAGAAGAGCAAAAAGAUCAAAAUAAAUACGACUGUUAUUGCGGAGGACACUUACGAACUGACGCUGGAAAUAAAGGAUCCCGGGGCGACUGAUGGUGGAACAUACAGAUGCAACGUUAAAAACGAAUAUGGAGAAUCAAACGCUAAUCUAAACCUAAAUAUUGAAGCUGAACCCGAGCCCGAGGGUGAAGGGCCCACGUUCAUCGAAAAGCCUCGCAUUAUAUCCGAAAACAACGGCAAGCUUGUGAUCAUGGAGUGCAAAGUGAAAGCAGAUCCAAAGCCAGACAUCGUUUGGUUCCGCAAUGGCGAGGUGAUAAAGGAAAGCAACAAAAUAAAAAUGUCAAUGGAACAGCGUGGGGACCAGUACUAUAUUAAGCUGGAAUUGGUGGAUCCUCAACUAGAGGACUCUGGCCUAUACAAGUGCAACAUAAAGAACACGCUGGGCGAGCUGAACGCGAACCUGACACUCAAUAUAGAAAUUGUUCCUGUUAUCAAAGACAAACCAAAAAUUAUCAAGAUCAUCAAAAAACGAACUGUGGUGAUCGAGUGUAUAGUGGCAUCGAAAUUCGAGCCCAAGUGUACAUGGUAUAAGGAAACAAACACGGUAAAGGACAGCAAGCGUCAUGUUUAUCUAGUAGAGCAAACCAAAGAUGGCGAGUUUGCGGUCAAACUGGAAAUCAACGAAGUUGAGGAAAGUGAUAAGGGCGCAUACAAGCUGGUAGCCAGCAACGAAAAGGGAGAGGCUGUGUCUCAGAUUGUCAACCUGAUUGACAUUCCUGAAGAGGAGCGUAAGCCGUGCAAGCCAGAAAUUGCAAGAAAGCUCGUCGAUCAAAAGGUCACUGAGUCGAGAACCUUUGAACUCCUAAUCACCCUGGCACAGUCUGACCGCAAGUGCAAAUUGGAAUGGUACAAGGGAAGUACAUUAGUACGAGAAACCAAAGAUAUAACUACAACUUUUGAUGGCACCACCGCGCGGCUCACAUUCAGUAGCGCUAGGUCAGAACACACUUCAAAUUACAAAGUCGUUGUGAUUAACGAGGUCGGCAAGGAUGAAUCAUCAUGUAAAAUCACUGUGGAGAAGAAAGACAAAAAGAAAGAUGAAUUGGAAAAGGAGAAGGAGAAGGAAAAGGAAAAGGAGAGAAAUGAAACCGAUAAAAAACAAAAGGAAGAGGAACAAAAGGUUGCCGAAGAGAAAGUUAUUGAAGAAAAGGAAAAGAAAAAUCUUCCGAAAGUUAUUGAGGCUGACAAAAAUAAAAAUAUUGAUACAGAGAAAAAGGACGAAAUUACUCCCGAAGAAUCUGUAGGAAUAGAAGUCUCAAAGGAAGAUCCAUUAGGUGAACCACCAAAAAAAAAAGAAGACCGUGAAGACGUGAAGAUAAUGGGAAAAAUGCAAACACCUGAAGCUGAGCCAGCAAAGAAAAACGAUAUUGUGAAAAAAGACGAAGCCCAACCAAAAUCGGUCGAUGAGAAAAAAAAACAAAAUCUAAAGAAGCCGAAAGAAGCCGACCUAGGUAAAGUUAAAAAUGGUACUGGUCCGGACAAACCUGAGCCAAACGUUUUAGAUGAAAAACCCAUAAUAGAAGAACAGAAAAAGAAGAGCUCCGGAGAAAAGGCCAAGAAACCUCAAUCCGAACCAAAAGCUAAAGGGAAAAAAGAAGAUAUUAUUUCGACACCAGACCCUGCGCUUGAGAGUGACAAUAAAACACACUCUGAAGAGAAACAGUCAACGGAACAGAUCGCCCUCAAGAAGGUUGACCGCAAGGCAAGUGUUGUAUCCAUCAAGGAUGAGACUACGUCUGAGGUACGUCGACAAUCGAUUAUUAAAACACAUGAAGAAACUUUAGUUGAAGAUAUCAAAGUGUCUUCACGGAGAUCUUCCUUGGCGGUGGAAGAGUCUCGGGCAGAAUCCAGGCGCUCAUCGGUAGUUGACAAGAAGGCCUUAGAGCAGACUGAUAUUAAAAAACUAGAUGCUAACAAAAAUCCACAAGCUUUAAAGGAAGAGAUUCCCAAACUGAAACCAGCAGAAAAGCGACGUACCCCAAAGACCAUUGAGGAACAAAAGCCAGCCGAAGUGCUGCCAAAGCUGCGAAAAGCAUCCAUUGCACAGCCAAAGGAGGAACAGAAACCAGAAGCGGCAAAGCCGAAAGCCAAGGCCAAGCCAAAAGCAAAGAAAAGUUACGAAGAACUACCAGAUAUCCCAGACUACGAGCGUCCGGUACUAGAGAAGUAUGAAAAAUCUGAGUUUAGCCCAUCGGACUUUACUCGUGAGUUAGAUAUUCCAAACAAAAUGGAAAAGCCCGUAUUAGAAACUGGCAAAAAAGAAGCAGAGCUACCCGUCCAGAAGAAUGGCAUGCCAAAGAAGGCAGAAAUCGUUGAGACUCCUGCGGAAGAGCCAAAACGUCUCAAAAUUGGCAAAGGUAAACUUCCCGAUGACGAAGAUAGUCGGGAUGGCGCAACACUUAAGCCGGUCAUAAUCGAACCAGAGAAGGAAAAACCUAAAGCUGGAAAUGAAAAACUUCCCGAGCAGGCCGAUAAACCAUCAGUGAUAGAUAUUAUAAAGCAGCGACGUCGAUCUUCUAUCAGAAACAUGAUGACCAAAGAACCAAUUCAAAACGAAUCAUUCCUUGGAGUAAUUUUGAAACCAGUAAUAAAGGAAGCUAAUGAGCAAACUGCACCACAGCAAGCCAAACAAUUAACAAAGGCAAAUGCAAUGGAGCAGUUUAGUCCUACAAAAGCUUCAAAGGCAAAAAUAUCCGUAUUGAAAAAGCCCGAGGCUCUAGCCGUUUUGGAUGACUAUGAGCGUCCCAGCCUAGAAAAAUAUGAACAUGUUGACAUUGAUAAAACUAAAUCAGAGAAACCUACACCAUCCAUUAUCACCCCGGACAUUAGGCCUCCAGAAGUACAAUUGCCUUCAGAGCCAUCCAAGGAGGAAAGGCCAAAGGUGCCCAAAAUGCAGCCGCCAGCACCUGGAGAUCCACCAAAGAUCGAGGUGAUACGGGAGAAGCGUCCAUCCUUAGCACCAGAGCCACCAAGUCGACGCGGCUCUCUUAUCCCUCCAGCCGAUACGGGUCGCCGACCAUCACUAAUUAUCAAUGAUGAGAAGAAACUCCGGCCGGGAGAAGUAUUGGACGCACGGUUGUUGAGGCCAGGCGAGGUCGGUGAAGGACAGCGGAGACGACCCUCGAUCGAUGUUCGCCGUCCCAGCGUCCAAGAUCUAGAAGAUCUUAUUAACAAGCCAUCCACACCACUACGCGAUGUCGGCGAUGGCGGUCCCCCCUCUAUUGUUGAUGUCCAAGAGUCAUACUCAGUGGUGGAAGACUCGACAGCUUACCUUACGGUUGGCGUCGAGGGCAGUCCGGCACCCACAUUCAAAUUUUACAAAGGUGUUACGGAAAUCCUUGAGGGCGGUCGGUAUAAGUUCCUCACGGAUGGGCAAACAAACACAAUCACUUUGUGUAUGCGUAAGUGCAAGCCCAACGAUGAGAGCAAAUAUAAGGUUGUGGUGUCCAAUAUUCAUGGAGAGGAUUCGGCCGAGAUGCAGUUAUAUGUGUCUGAUUCAAGUGGUAUGGAUUUCCGUGCCAUGCUCAAAAAACGUCGUUAUCAAAAAUGGGACAAAGAAGAACAGGACCCCAAUUGGGGUGAUCUCAAAGAGACCGAAAAACCAUUACCGGCCCUUAAAAAAGUUGAAAGGAAGGUGGAGUCGUUCCUUAGUCCAUUGAUUGACCAGUUUGCAAAGGAGGGAAAGGAUAAAAAGGUUGUGUUUGAGGCCAGGUUCAGCAAACCAAACUGCAAGCCAAAGUGGCUAUUCCGCAAGGAUGAGGUUUUUACGGGCAGCAAAUUUAAAUUCAAGCAGGAAAAUGAUACAUAUCAGUUGAUAAUUACGCAACCAAAAGUGGAAGAUACUGGAAAGUACACCAUCGAAAUUGGCGGUGUUUCAAGCACGGCUUUCUUGAAUGUCGAAGAAGCAGAUCCUACAUAUACAUUUACGAAGCCACUCAAAAAGAAACUGGAGGGCUUCACACAGCAUGAAACUACAUUAGAGUGUUCUGUCAGCAGCAGUAUGGCAAAUGUACAUUGGUACAAGGAUAAUACAAAGAUCGAGUCGGAUGAUCCUCGCUUCCUGAUAUCUAAAGACAUAAAUGGCAACCUUAAGCUUAUCAUUAAAGACUCGCUACUGGAGGACUCUGGCCACUACCGAUGCCAACUGGACAAACAACCCGAUAAGACUGAGUGUACUCUGAAAGUCGUUGAGUACCCAUACAAGUUCGUCAAGGUUUUGAAAUCUCAGCAGUGCAUCGAGAAGGAUACCGUGACACUCGCCUGUGAAAUCGAUGAUGCUCAAGGGGAUGUCCAAUGGUUCCGCAACGAUGAGGAAAUAAAGCCCGACAAGCGUAUACAAAUUGUAAAGGAAGGUCGGAAGCGUAAGUUGGUCAUCAAGGAUUGUAAAGUUACUGAUGCCGGCCAAUUCAAAUGUACUACGAAUGCGGACAAGACCGAGGCGGAAAUAAUUAUUAAUUACCAAAAUCGUUUCAAUAAGAAACUUAAAGACACAGAUGCCGUAGAACGAGAGAAGCUAGUGCUGGAUGUCGAACUGCAGGACCAGACAGCGCCUUGUGAUUGGAAAUUCAAUGGGGAACCAAUUGUACCCAAUGAACGUAUUGAGAUCAAAAAUUUAGGUGGCGGAAAGCAUCAGCUCAUUUUUAAUGGCCUAGACCUGUCUGAUGAGGGCGAAAUCACAUGCGAAUCUGGGCAACUCAGCUCAAAGUGCAAGCUUUCGGUGCGAAAGGGAGAAAGUAGACCGAACAUUGAUUGCCCUGAUGAGUUUGCCGGACCUAUUAGUUCACCUGUAGUGGUAGAAGUACCAUUCAAAGUUAGCGGUACAAAACAAUCCCCAGUUGAGGCAAAAUUAUUUAAGGACGGCAAGCCCUUGCCUGUAAAGGAUGUGGAAGUCGCCGUGACCGAUGACAAAGUCACGUUCAAAAUAAAGAAGCCUUCCAGAGAUUUAUCAGGGCCGUAUCAAAUUAAAAUUUCUAAUGGUCAAGGUGAAGAUACAAAGGAUGUACACAUUAUCUGCCAGGACGUUCCACAGCCACCGCUGAAUGUCGAUGUUACAGAUGUGUAUCAGACAUCGUGUGUUGUAAACUUCUCACCACCUGAAGAUGAUGGAGGCACUCCAAUAUCUAAAUAUGUGAUCGAAAGGCAGGACUUGAGUAAGAAGCAAGGUUGGGAGCCUGUCGCUGAAGUGUCACCUGGUGAACCGUGUAAAAAGAAAAUCGAUGACUUAGUGCCAAAGAAGCAGUACAGAUUCCGUAUUCGUGCUAUAAACAAGAUUGGCCCAUCAGAUCCAGCCACAUUUAAAAACACAAUACUCGCUAAAGAUCCAUGGGAUGAGCCUGGAAAACCCAAUGCGGUUGAUCUUACCGACUGGGAUAAGGAUCAUGCUGAUCUCAAAUGGGAAGCACCAGAUAGUGAUGGUGGUGAUCCCAUCACUGCGUACAUUGUCGAGUAUAAGGAAAAAUUCUCAAACGAUUGGGUUGCCGGCAAAGAGGUAGACGGCGAUGCAAGAAUUGCAACAGUGGAUGGCCUCAAGGAGGGUCAACAGUACGAAUUCCGAGUCCGUGCUGUUAAUCGGGCAGGUCCUGGUGAGCCUAGCGACAAGACUAAAUCCAUAAUUGCCAAGUGCCGUUUCGUUAAGCCGUUUCUUGUGGGUGAUGGUCUUAAGAAUAUUACUGUUAAGAAAGGGCAAACCGUUCGCUUUGACGUUAAGUACGAUGGUGAGCCGGAACCAACAGCAACUUGGCUAAAGGAAACUGAAAACCUCAAGUUCGAUAAUCGAAUUUGUCUUGAGCAGCUGGAGAGAAAUUCCUCAAUAACCAUUAAGAAAUCCGUCCGCAAGGACACAGGAAAAUAUAAGCUGGUGCUCACAAACAGCUCUGGCACUAUUGAGUCCGAGGCCCAAGUUGUAGUUCUAGACCGGCCAUUGGCUCCGGGUGGUCCUUUCGAGCCAGAUGAGGUUAGGGCUAACCAUAUCAAAAUGAAAUGGAAGCGUCCACAAGACGACGGUGGCUGCGAAAUAACGGGUUAUGCCUUAGAACGGAUGGACGAAGAGACAGGACGUUGGAUACCUGCGGGCGAAGUGGGUCCAGAUGAGACCUCUUUUGAUUUCAAGGGACUAACUCCCAACAAGAAAUAUAAAUUCCGCGUUAAAGCCAUUAAUAAAGAAGGCGAAUCAGAGCCGCUCGAGACAACGGACGCUAUCGUGGCCAAGAAUCCCUACGAUCCCCCAAGUCCACCCAGUCAGCCAGUUAUCGAUGACUACGACAACAAGAGUGUAUUGCUUAAAUGGAAGCGACCACCAUCAGAUGGUGGCCGACCCAUUACUCACUAUGUCAUCGAAAUCAAAGACAAGUUCUCACCAACUUGGAGCGAGGUAGCGAAAACAGAGGACCCCACUCCGGAAUGCCAGGUGGAGGGCCUCAAGGAAAAAAUGGUCUAUCAGUUCAGAGUACGUGCAGUUAAUAAGGCUGGUCCAUCCGAGCCAUCGCAGCCAACUGACAAUCACCUUUGCAAACACAGAAACCUCAAACCAAAGAUUGAUAGAUCUACGUUUAAACGCGUAACUAUCAAAAGUGGUCGCACCCACAAAUGGUCAGUGGACGUCAUUGGGGAGCCAGUACCCGAACUGCAUUGGAGCUGGAGAGACGAUAUCCCACUGACUAAUGGGGAUCGGAUCAAGAUCGAAAAUAUCGACUAUCACACCGAUUUUGUCAUCAGUAAUGCCCUGCGCAAGGACAGUGGUUUCUACACUCUGAAAGCAGAAAAUCGUAAUGGCGUGGACCGCGAGACCGUGGAAUUGGUUGUGCUAGGAAAGCCCAGCUCUCCGAAAGGACCUCUUGCCGUUAGUGACGUAACAGCAACGGGCUGCACAUUGCAAUGGAAAAAACCCGAAGACGAUGGGGGAGUUCCUAUCAAGGAGUACGUGGUUGAGAAAAUGGACACAGCUACGGGCAAAUGGGUGCGAGUUGGGCGGUCACCAGGUGAAAAAGAGCCGCCUAGCUUCGAUGUGACUGGGCUGAAUCCCGGAUCAGAGUAUAUGUUCCGCGUUUCUGCUGUCAACGAAGAAGGUGAGUCCGAGCCGUUGACUACUUUGGUCGGCGUCGUGGCAAAAGAUCCCUUCGAUGAGCCCAACAAGCCGGGCACUCCCGAGGUUACCGAUUAUGAUAAUCAAAGUGUAAGCUUAAAAUGGACUCCGCCUAACAAUGAUGGAGGUGCCCCAAUCCAGAAAUAUAUCAUUGAAAAGAAAGACAAAAAUAAACCCGAGUGGGAAAAGGCUUUGGAAAUACCAGGUGACCAAUUGGAAGCUACAGUCGCUGGUCUUCAGGAAUAUGGAGAAUAUCAGUUCCGUAUUGUGGCCGUUAACAAAGCCGGACCGUCGCCCCCAUCAGAUGCAAGUGUACCUCAGAUUGUGAAGUAUAAAAAAUUGAAACCGCGCAUUGAUCGAACAAACCUGAAGCCACUGUUGGUUCGCGCGGGUAAACCCAUCAAGUAUGAUGUUAAUGUUCGUGGUGAACCUGCGCCAACAAUAACAUGGUAUCAAAAUGAUACCGAGCUCAAGCCAACGGAACUACCAAGCAAUAGUGAAAUUAAAAACAUACCUUACAAUACAAAAAUUUCAAUUAUUGACACAGUCAGAAAGCAUACAGGCAUCUAUAAAAUCCGUGCCGUUAAUGAGCAUGGCGAGGAUGAAGCCACAGUUGAAGUAAAUAUCCUUGGCCCGCCGGGUAAGCCAAAGGGACCAUUGGAUGUGAAGGACGUUACUAAAGACAGUUGCAAGCUCAAAUGGAAGAAACCUGAGGAUGAUGGUGGCAAGCCCAUCACGGCUUACCAAGUGGAAAAGUUCGAUAAAAAUCAAGGCCGUUGGGUACCUGUGGGUCGAACCUCUGGCAAUGAUACCGAACUUGAUGUCAAGGGUCUUCAAGAAGGUCAUGAAUAUCAGUUUCGGGUUAAGGCCAUUAAUGAGGAAGGGGAAUCGGAUCCCCUGGAGACCGAUGGCAGCAUUAUAGCAAAGAAUCCAUAUGAUGCUGCCAGCAAGCCAGGUACACCCAAAAUUGAUGACUAUAAUGAGCAUAUGGUCAAGUUGAAGUGGGAGGCCCCUAAAGAUGAUGGUGGUGCUCCGAUUGUUGGUUACGUUAUCGAAAAGAAAGAUAAGUUCUCACCCAUUUGGGAUGAAGUACUCACAACCAAUACACCUGCACCUGAAGCAACCGUCGAUGGCCUCACUGAAGGCAAUGUGUAUCAAUUCCGUGUUCGCGCAAUAAACAAAGCUGGUCCCAGUGAGCCCAGCGAUGCAACAGAACCACAUUUGGCCAAGCCAAGGAAUCUUAAGCCAUCUAUUAACCGCGAGAAAAUGAAGCCCAUCAAAGUUCGAGCUGGCCAAACAGUUAAGUUCGAUGUGGACGUCAAGGGAGAGCCAGCACCUACUCUAACAUGGAUUUUCAAAGAAAAGGAUUUAACUGCCAGCGGUCAAGUACGGUUGGAUAACGAAGACUAUAAUACUAAACUAACAUUGUUGGAUACAUCUCGAAAAGAGAGCGGCAUGUACAAGCUACGUGCUGAAAACAUAAACGGCCUGGACGAAGCUGAGGUAGAGGUAAUAAUCAUUGACAAGCCCUCUAAGCCCGAAGGUCCGUUGGAGGUCUCAGAUAUUCACAAGGAAGGCUGCAAACUUAAAUGGAAGAAGCCCAAGGAUGACGGAGGCGUACCCAUUACAGGCUAUGUAGUAGAAAAGAUGGAUACCGCAACAGGCAAAUGGGUGCCAGCAGGAUCGGUAGAUCCUGAAAAGACAGAUAUUGAUGUAAAGGGCUUGGAUCCAAACCACCGAUACCAGUUCAGAGUGAAGGCAGUAAAUGAAGAGGGCGAAUCUGAACCCCUUGAAACUGACUCGGCUAUCACUGCCAAAAAUCCGUAUGAUGUAUCAGCUCCACCUGGACUACCGGAGCUCGAGGACUGGGAUGAGCAUCAUGUUAAACUGAAAUGGGAGCGACCAAUUCGAGAUGGCGGCUCUCCCAUUACUGGGUAUAUAGUGGAAGUUAUGGACAAAGACUCUGGAGAGUUUGUUAAAGCUCUUGAAACAGAUGGUCCGAUUUGCAAAGGCGUCGUUAAGAAAUUGGAGGAGGGACAACAAUAUAAAUUCCGCGUUCGUGCCGUUAACAAGGCCGGCCCAUCUGAUCCAUCCGAGCAAACCAAUUGGCACACAGCCAAACCUCGAUUUUUGAAACCCCACAUUGACCGCACAAAUCUUUCACCUGUAAUUGUGAAAGCUGGCCUAUCAAUCAGCUUGGACAUCAACAUAAGGGGUGAGCCCGCACCGAAGGUGGAGUGGCUCUUCAAUGGAGCUCCUUUAGUCAGCGACGAGGAGGGCAUCAAAAUUGAUAACAUUGACUACAACACCAAGUUCUUUGUAAUGCGCGCCAAGCGACCACAAAGCGGAAAAUACACAAUUAAAGCUGCAAACGAAGUCGGUGAGGAUGAAGCUGAAUUGGAAGUGACAGUGUUGGGUAAGCCAGGAAAGCCGAAGGGUCCCUUGCAAGUCAAUGAUAUAACCAAACAUAGUUGCAAGCUCAAAUGGGAAAAGCCGGAAGAUGACGGCGGUGCGCCAAUUGACUAUUAUGAAAUAGAAAAACUCGAUCCGCAUACUGGCCAGUGGCUUCCAUGCGGAAAGAGUACAGAGCCCGAGGCGAAGGUGAUUGGUCUUCAUGAGGGAAAACCAUAUAAGUUCCGCGUAAGGGCUGUCAAUAAGGAGGGAGAGUCAGAGGAUUUGGAAACGGAAAAGCCAAUUAUUGCAAAGAAUCCGUUUGACGAGCCAGACAAGCCUGGCAGGCCAGAGCCUACUAACUGGGACAAAGAUUUUGUGGACUUGGCCUGGGACGCGCCCAAGAGCGACGGCGGCGCUCCAAUUCAGAAAUAUAUCAUUCAAAUGCGUGAUAAAUCGGGACGGGCCUGGGUGGAUGCCGGCACAGUUCCUGGUGACAAGACAAAGGGUACCGUUACCGGGGUCGAAGAGGGCCAUGAAUACGAGUUUCGUAUUGUGGCAGUUAAUAGAGCUGGACCUAGCGACCCCAGUGAUGUUUCCAAAUCUGUGGUGGCCAAGCCGCGCUUCCUGAAGCCUCAUAUCGAUCGAAAGAACCUGCAAAAGAAAAUCAUGCGCAGUGGACAAAUGUUGCAUAUGGACGCUGCAGUGAAGGCAGAACCCCCCGCAAAAAUUACAUGGACAUACAAUGGUGCGGAAAUCAAAUCUAGCGACACAAUCAAAAUCGAAAAUGAGGAAUACAAGACUACUUUUAUUAUGCCAAAGGUAAGGCGAGCUGAUCGAGGAACGUACAUCGUGACAGCCAAAAACGAUUCAGGCACCGAUACAGUUGAAGUGGAGCUGGAUGUGCUUUGCAAGCCCAGCAAGCCAAAGGGUCCUUUAGCCGUCUCGGACGUAACUGCCGAAAGCGUUCACCUGAAAUGGGAUAAGCCUGAAGAUGAUGGAGGAGAACCCAUUGAUCAUUAUGUUGUUGAACGCAUGGACACGGAAACAGGUCGAUGGGUUCCAGUUCUCACAACCAAAUCGCCAGAAGCCGACGUUACAGGUCUGACAGAAGGCAAGGAAUACCUUUUCCGCGUCAAAGCUGUCAAUAGUGAAGGAGAGUCGGAACCCCUAGUAACUGACACACCGACUACAGCUAAAAAUCCAUUUGACGCAGCUGACACUCCCGGUAAGCCUCAAAUCUCCGACUGGUCUUCCAACCAUUGCGAUCUUAAGUGGAGGGCCCCUGACGACGAUGGUGGAGCCCCAGUUACUGGUUAUAUUGUAGAAAAGAAGGACAACAACACCGGAAAGUGGCAAAAGGUGCUGGAAACAAAUACGCCUGACUGCAAGGCACGCGUUAAUGACCUCAUUGAAGGCAAAAAAUACCAAUUUAGAGUUAAAGCCGUCAACAAGGCAGGCCAAAGCAAGCCUUCCGAACCAUCAGAUCAAAUGACCGCAAAGGACCGAUUUGCACCACCCAAAAUUGAUAGAACCAAUAUUAAGGAUAUCACCAUUAAAGCAGGCCAACACAUUCGGUACGACAUCAAGGUAUCUGGAGAACCACCAGCGACCAAAACCUGGUUCCAUAAUAAGGCUCGCCUUGAGAACGACGACAGCGACUACAAUAUUGAUAUGGAAUCAUAUCGCACCAAGCUGGCUGUGCCAUUUGCUAAGAGACUGCAUACGGGAAAAUAUACCAUAAAGGCCGAUAAUGAAUCUGGCCACGACGAAGCUUCAUUUGAAGUCUCUGUGCUGGACAAGCCGGGUGCCCCAGAGGGGCCACUGCGUGUUACUGAUGUGCACAAAGAGGGCUGCAAACUUAAAUGGAAUGCUCCCCUAGAUGAUGGUGGUCUGCCAAUAGAGCAUUACGUUGUGGAAAAAAUGGACGUGGAGACUGGACGUUGGAUGCCAUCUGGUCGCUUCAAGGAGCCAUUCGCUGAACUGAAUAAUUUGGAGCCUGGACAUGAAUACAAAUUCCGGGUGUUAGCUGUAAAUACUGAGGGCGAGUCCGAACCGUUAGCUGGGGAGCAAUCUAUUAUUGCGAAAAAUCCAUUUGAUGAGCCGGGCAAGCCCGGUACUCCAGAAGCAGUGGACUGGGAUAAGGAUCAUGUAGAUUUGGUAUGGCGCCCACCACUCAACGAUGGUGGCUCACCCGUCACCAGUUACGUUGUUGAAAAACGCGAAAAAGGCACCGACAAGUGGAUCAAAGGAGCUGAGGUUGCUGCUCCAGCUUUCGGGGAUGAGUGCAAGGCGACAGUGCCGAACCUAAACGAAAACUGCGAGUAUGAGUUCCGAAUCAAGGCCGUUAAUGCGGCCGGGCCCGGUGAACCAUCUGACACUAGCAAGACUAUCAUUACUAAGCCAAGAAAGUUGGCGCCCAAGAUUGACGGUAGAAACAUUCGGACUUACAACGUCAAGGCUGGAGAACCAAUCUUUUUGGACAUUAACGUGUCCGGAGAACCGGCACCCGAGGUUACUUGGACACAGAAUAAUAAAUCUGUACAGUCGACAACAUCCAGCCGUAUAGAGAAUGUACCAUACAACACGAAAUAUAUCAAUAACAACCCCGAACGAAAGGAUACCGGACUCUAUAAGAUUACUGCUCAUAACCUCUAUGGCCAGGACCAAGUGGAGUUCCAAAUAAAUAUUAUAAGUAAGCCUGGCAAGCCUGAAGGCCCCUUGGAAGUAUCAGAUAUACAUAAGGACGGCUGUAAACUAAAAUGGAAAAAACCAAAGGACGACGGGGGCGAGCCAAUAGAGAGCUAUUUGGUUGAAAAGUUCGAUCCAGACACGGGCAUUUGGCUGCCUGUAGGCAAAUCCGAUGUACCAGAGUAUACAGUCGAUGGUCUUGUGCCUGGACACGAAUAUAAGUUCCGAGUAAAGGCCGUUAACAAGGAGGGAGAAUCUGAACCUCUUGAGACUUUGGGUUCGAUUAUUGCUAAAGAUCCAUUCACUGCACCAUCGAAGCCAGGAGUUCCAGAACCCACCGACUGGACUGCGAACAAGGUGGAUCUUGCUUGGCCAGAGCCAGCCAGUGACGGAGGAUCGCCUAUUACUGGGUAUAUAAUUGAGGUGAAAGAUAAAUAUAGUCCACUCUGGGAAAAGGCGCUGGAAACAGACUCCCUAGCUCCAUUGGCUACUGUUAAUGGACUCAUCGAAGGAAAUGAGUACCAGUUCCGAGUUAUUGCUCUAAACAAAGGUGGACAGUCAGAGCCAUCUGAUGCAAGCAAAACGUUUAUUGCCAAGCCUCGUUAUCUGGCUCCCAAGAUAGACCGCAGAAAUUUGCGCGAUGUAGUUAUUUCUGCUGGAACCGCUCUUAAAUUAGAUGCGAACGUUACCGGCGAACCCGCUCCUAAAGUCGAUUGGAAGUUUUCAAACUAUCCAUUACAAUCUGGAAAGAAUGCUACUAUCGAGACCCCUGACUACUACACCAAACUGGUUAUCCGACCAACUGAACGGGGUGAUUCGGGAGAAUAUUUGGUCACUGCGACGAAUAGCUCUGGAAAGGAUAGUGUCCUUAUAAAUGUUGUUAUCACUGACAAGCCCACUCCUCCAAACGGACCUCUUCAAAUUUCGGAUGUACACAAGGAGGGUUGUCACCUGAAAUGGAAGCGGCCAAGCGACGAUGGCGGAACUCCAAUAGAGUACUUCCAGAUUGAUAAAUUGGAUCCCGAAACAGGUUGCUGGAUUCCUUGCACUCGUUCAACUGAACCACAAGCGGAUAUUACUGGUCUAACUCCUGGCAACGAGUAUAAGUUCCGAGUGUCUGCUGUAAACUCAGAGGGAGAGUCGCAGCCGUUAGUUGGUGAGGAAUCGAUUAUAGCCAAGAAUCCAUUCGACGAGCCUGGCAGGCCAGAAAAUUUGAGAGCCACUGAUUGGGACAAGGACCACAUUGACUUGGCCUGGACUCCACCAAUUUCUGAUGGGGGAUCACCAAUUACCGGGUACUUGAUCGAGAAGAAAGAUAAAUACGGACAAUGGGAAAAAACUCUAGAAAUACCAGCAGAUCAAUGUAAUGCCACUGUUCCUGACCUCAUCGAAGGACAAGCCUAUGAAUUCAGAGUUAGCGCAGUAAAUGCUGCAGGCCCAGGAGAUCCAUCGGACGCAACACCACCAAUUGUUGCAAAAUCACGGAACAAGCCACCGAUCAUUGACCGAUCUAACCUUAUCGAAGUGCGUAUUAAGGCUGGACAGGCAUUCACAUUUGACUGUAAAGUUUCUGGAGAGCCAGCACCAAAGACCAAAUGGCUUCUCAAGAAAAAGGAAGUCUGCACGAAAGAAAACGUUAAGGUGUCCCAUGUUGACUACAAUACUAAGCUUAAAGUCACCAGUGCCACACGGGCCGAUUCAGGCCUAUAUACCGUAUACGCGGAGAACAUAAACGGCGAGGACAGUGCUGACGUAAAGGUCACUGUGAUCGACAAACCUUCUCCGCCCAAUGGUCCUCUUAAAGUUGAUGAUGUUCAUGCCGAGGGUUGCACUCUGCAUUGGAACCCGCCUGAUGACGAUGGUGGCCAGCCAAUUGAAAACUACUUGGUGGAAAAACUCGAUGAAGUCACGGGGCGUUGGGUGCCAGCAGGAGAGACAGACGGGCCAACCACCAACUUCAAGGUUAAGGGCUUAACACCUGGACAUAAGUAUAAGUUCCGAGUACGUGCCAAAAACCGUCAAGGAACUUCAGAUCCGCUUACAACACCUCAUGCAACUGAAGCCAAGAACCCCUACGAUGAACCUACAAAGCCUGGCACACCAACAAUCAAGGACUUCGAUAAAGAUUUCGUUGAUUUAGAAUGGGCUAGACCAGAAAGCGAUGGAGGCUCUCCUAUUAGUGGGUACAUCAUUGAAAAGCGUGAUAAGUACUCACCCGACUGGGAGAAGUGUGCGGAGGUCAGCGGCGACGUACCCAAUGGGCACGUUCCCGACUUAAUUGAGGGUGUCAAAUACGAAUUCCGUGUUAGGGCUGUCAACAAAGCUGGCCCAGGCAUUCCGAGUGAUGCAACUGAACCACAUGUGGCUCGCCCCAAGAACCUGCCACCGAAGAUAGAUCGCAACUUUAUGUCAGAUAUAAAAAUCAAGGCUGGAAAUGUGUUCGAAUUCAAUGUACCAGUUAUUGGUGAGCCGACUCCAAGCAAGGAAUGGACGCAUGAAGAUAGCAUGGUCAUAAACUCAGACAGAGUAAAGAUUUCCAAUAAUGAUGAGCGCACAAAGUUGCGUAUUCUGGAUGCCAAACGAUCCGACUCAGGAGCCUACACAUUACUAGCCCGCAAUGCAAAUGGUGUUGAUAGGCACACCGUUAAAGUCAUCGUUCUGGACGUACCAAGUACACCCGAAGGUCCAUUGCGUCCGGAUGAAGUCACUAAAAACUCAAUAGGCUUGCGUUGGAGGCCUCCCAAGGACGACGGUGGCUCAGAAAUAACGCAUUAUAUUGUUGAAAAAAUGGACAACGAUGCAAUGCGGUGGGUGCCAGUCGGAGAAUGCGCCGGCACCGAAAUCCGAGCCGAUAAUCUGAUCGAAAAUCAUGACUACAGCUUCAGGGUCCGUGCUGUUAAUAAGCAGGGCCAAUCGCAACCAUUGGGGACCAUCCAGCCAAUAACAGCUAAAGAUCCAUACUCACAUCCAGACAAGCCCGGUCAACCGCAGGCUGUGGAUUGGGGCAAAGAUUUUGUCGACCUGGAGUGGGGAGCACCAAAGCGGGAUGGCGGAUCGCCUAUUAUAUCGUACACUGUGGAAAAAAGACCCAAGUUUGGACAAUGGGAACGUGCUGCAGUGGUUCCUGGCGAUGAACUGAAGGCCCAUAUACCCGACUUGACCGAUGGUGGGGAAUACCAAUUCCGCGUUAUUGCAGUUAACCGAGGUGGUCCGAGCGAUCCGUCUGAUCCAUCCAGCACAGUAAUUUGCAAGCCUCGCUUCUUAGCUCCAUACUUCGACAAGUCCCUUUUGAAUGAUAUCACAGUUCAUGCAGGAAAACGUUUAGGCUGGACUUUGCCCAUAGAGGCCUCGCCAAAACCAUCUAUUCAAUGGUUGUAUAAUGGCAAGGAAAUAGGUCCAACUUCACGUGUAGAAUCGAAUCUUUUCCAAAACGAACUCACUUUUGAAAUUCCUUCGGCACUGCGAAGUGACGAGGGCCGCUACACACUUGUACUAAAGAACGAACACGGCUCAUUUGAUGCAUCAGCGCACGCCACUGUUUUGGAUCGGCCGUCUCCCCCUAAAGGCCCUCUGGAUAUUUCAAAGAUAAGCAGAGAUGGCUGCCAUUUGGGUUGGCAUGUUCCAGAUGAUGAUGGAGGCUCGCCAAUAUUGCAUUAUAUUAUUGAGAAAAUGGAUCUUUCUCGAGGCACCUGGUCUGAUGCCGGCAUGAGCACACAUCCGGUCCAUGACUUAACUCGACUUGUUCACCGUAAGGAGUAUUUGUUCCGGGUAAAGGCCGUCAACGCGAUUGGUGAAUCAGAACCAUUAGAAGCUUCGAAAAGCAUUAUUGCCAAGAACGAAUUUGAUGAGCCCGAUGCACCUGGUAAACCAAAUAUUACUGAUUGGGAUCGUGACCACGUCGAUUUGCAAUGGGCUGCGCCAAAGGCAGAUGGUGGAGCACCUCUUACGGAAUACAUUAUUCAGAAAAAGGAAAAGGGCAGUCCCUACUGGACUAACGUUCUGCACGUUCCACCGAACAAAAAUACUGCCACUGUUCCAGAGUUGACUGAGGGACAAGAGUAUGAGUUCAGGGUGAUAGCCGUUAAUCAAGCCGGACAGUCAGAGCCAUCGGAGCCGUCCGAUAUGAUUAUGGCAAAGCCUCGCUACUUACCACCAAAAAUAAUAACACCACUCCACGAAGUACGUAUUAAAGCUGGGCUCAUAUUUCAUGUGGACAUCGAUUUCAUUGGCGAACCAGCUCCUGAAGCGAUUUGGACACUUAACAACAAUCCACUGAAGUCAAAUGACAGAUCGACAAUUACAUCGAUCGGACAUCACACCGUUGUGCACACCGUUAAUUGCAAACGCUCCGACUCUGGAAUUUACCAUUUACUCCUGCGUAAUGAUUCCGGAAUCGAUGAAGGAAGCUUUGAACUUAUAGUACUGGACCGGCCUGGACCGCCGGACGGUCCAAUGGAGUAUGAAGAAAUAACAUCGAAUUCUGUAACCAUAUCAUGGAAGCCGCCAAAAGACAAUGGCGGCUCUGAGAUAUCAGCAUAUGUUAUAGAAAAACGGGACCUAGCUCAUGGUGGUGGAUGGGUACCAGCUGUUAAUUAUGUAAAUGCAAAGUACAACCAUGCAGUUGUGCCCAGACUCUUGGAGGGUACAAAAUAUGAGUUCAGAGUGAUGGCUGAAAACCUUCAGGGACGGUCUGAUCCAUUGAACUGCGAGCAACCUGUUGUGGCUAAAAACCAAUAUACAGUACCAGGCGUCCCUGGUAAACCCGAACUGGUGGACAGCGACAAAGAUCACAUUUCGAUUAAAUGGAAGCAGCCAAUCAGUAACGGUGGAUCUCCCAUUUUGGGUUACGACAUAGAGCGACGUGAUGUUAACACAGGCCGAUGGAUUAAAGUAAAUGGCGAACCAGUGCCGACCACCGAAUAUAAUGAUGAUAGAGUAACACCAAACCACCAAUAUCAAUAUAGAAUAUCGGCCGUUAAUGCAGCUGGUAACAGCAAGCUCUCAGAACCGUCCGCCACCUUCGAUGCCCGCCCGAUGCGGGAAAAGCCGAGACUACAUUUCGAUGGAUUGGUGGGCAGACGUGUGAAAGUUCGUGCUGGCGAACCUGUUAAUAUAAAUAUACCAAUAUCCGGUGCGCCAACGCCUACAAUUGAAUGGAAGCGCAGCGAUAUCAAAAUACCCGAGGGUAAGCGAGUCUCCUACGAAACGAAUUCGGAGCGCACCAUUUUCCGCAUAGACGAUUCAAACAGGCAAGAUGCAGGCAAAUAUACAGUGACAGCAGGCAACGAAUUUGGAAAGGAUUCGGCAGACAUUGAGAUUAUUGUCGUGGACAAACCUGCACCACCAGAGGGACCAUUGGCAUAUACUGAGAUUGCACCGGACCACAUUACCCUGCAAUGGAAUCCUCCAAAGGACGACGGUGGCAGUGAUAUAACUGGAUACGUUAUCGAAUUCACUGAGUUCGGUGUUGACGACUGGAAGCCGGUGCCGGGCUAUUGCCCUAAGUCGAGCUAUACCGUAAAGGGACUAACCGAAGGGAAAAAAUAUAUUUUCCGUGUUAGAGCUGAAAAUAUUUAUGGUGUAUCCGACGCUCUCGACGGAAAGCCUGUCAUAGCGAAGUCUCCAUUUGACCCACCAGGUGCACCAUCGCAACCAACUAUUGAAGCCUAUUCACCAAACUCGGCCAGCUUAGAAUGGCAUCCGCCAGACUACUGUGGUGGCAAACCAAUAACAGGAUACAUUGUCGAGCGCAGAGAGCGUGGGGGUGAAUGGAUAAAAUGUAAUAAUUACCCAACACCAAAUACCAGUUAUACAGUGCCAGACCUGAGGGAAGGAGCUCGUUAUGAAUUCCGGGUGAUCGCGGUAAAUGAAGCAGGUCCAGGUCAGCCAUCUAAGCCAUCGGAUUCCAUGACUGCCGAACUUCAGCGCUAUCGUCCAGAUGCUCCUGAGCCACCAAAGCCAGACCGCAUUACAAGAGAUAGUGUCACGUUGUCUUGGAGGCCACCUCGCAACGAUGGAAAAUCAAGAAUCAAGGGUUAUUAUAUUGAAGUGCGACCGAAAAAUACAAAGGAUUGGGUACCAGUCAACGACACAGCCAUCAACUCAACCGUAUAUACAGUACCAAACCUGAAAGAAGGGGAGGAAUACUCGUUCCGCAUUAUUGCUGAAAACGAUGUUGGUCGUUCGAAUCCAUCCAAGCCUUCGCAGCCAAUUACAAUCGAAGAACAGCCUAAUAAGCCAUGUAUGGACUUGGGAGGAGUGCGCGAUAUAAUUUGCAGAGCAGGAGAUGAUUUCAGCAUUCAUGUGCCUUAUGUGGCUUUCCCCAAGCCCACUGCCUUUUGGUAUUCUAAUGAUAGCGUCAUAGAUGAUGACAAUCGUGUGCACCAGCAUUUGACUGAUGACGCAGCGUCUUUUGUAGUCAAAAACUCAAAGCGCUCUGACUCCGGUCAGUACCGACUUCAACUAAAGAAUCCGUCCGGGUUUGAUACGGCGACCAUUAAUGUUCGGGUUCUGGAUAGGCCGAGUCCGCCAAUCAACUUGCGCGCGGACGAGUUUGCCGGAGACGCACUUACCUUGUACUGGAAUCCACCCAAGGACGAUGGCGGCUCACCCGUGCAGAACUAUAUUAUAGAGAAAAAAGAAGUUCGCUCUUCUACAUGGACCAAAGUAAGCAGCUUCUGCACAGUUCCAUUUGUUCGUGUGCGAAAUCUAACCAUUAACAAGGAGUACGAUUUUCGCGUAAUAGCUGAGAAUAAGUAUGGACAGUCGGAUCCAGCCAGUACAUCAGAGCCCAUACGAGCCAGGCAUCCGUUUGAUGUUCCAAACGCUCCUGGAAUACCACGUGGCAUCGAUUCAACAGAAGACAGCAUUACGAUCGCUUGGGCGAAACCAAAACACGAUGGAGGUUCUCCCAUCGCUGGCUACGUCAUUGAGAAACGUUUGCUGAGCGAGGACAAAUGGACCAAGGCCGUUCACGCGCUGUGUCCAGAUCUAACCUGCAAGAUACCCAACUUGAUUGAAAAUGCAGAAUAUGAGUUUAGGGUAGCUGCUAUCAAUGCAGCCGGACAAUCGGUAUUCAGUGCAUCCAGCGACCUUAUCUACUGCCGCCGACCACCACACGCUCCUAAGAUCACUUCUGACUUAUCGAUUCGCGAUAUGACAGUUAUUGCAGGAGAAGAGUUCCACAUUACUGUGCCAUACCAUGCCAACCCCCGACCAAUCCCAUCAUGGAACAUAAAUGGUAACGAUGUGGUUCCAGACGAACGAAUUCGAUUUGACACCGAUGACUAUACCUCAGUGUACUACAAUAAAUCGGCGAAGCGAUCAGAAACCGGUUCUUAUACAAUUACACUGAAUAACACGAAAGGUUCCGAUACCGCCUCAUGCCAUGUCACUGUGGUAGAUAGACCAGGCCCACCUCAAGGGCCGUUGAAUGCUUACGAUAUUACUCCGGACACAUGUACCCUGGCAUGGAAAACACCACUCGACGAUGGAGGGUCACCAAUCACGAACUAUGUGGUUGAGAAACUGGACGCCAGUGGUACAUGGGUGAAGGUGAGCAGUUUUGUACGCAAUACGCACUACGAUGUCAUGGGUCUUGAGCCACAACACAAGUAUGACUUCCGCGUCAGAGCAGAGAAUCAAUAUGGUUUGUCUGAUCCACUCGACAUGCCCAAUUCCAUUGUGGCCAAGCACCAAUUUACAGUACCGGAUGAGCCUGGCCAGCCAAAGGUAAUCGACUGGGAUUCCGGAAAUGUCACAUUGAUCUGGACUCGUCCAGCCAGUGAUGGGGGCUCUCGUAUCCAGGGAUAUCAAAUUGAGUACCGAGAUAUCCUCAAUGACACUUCCUGGAAUACAUACGAAUAUCUAAUUAAGGACUCUAAAUAUCAACUAUAUAACCUAACCAAUGGCAGCGAGUAUGAGUUCCGCAUUAAGGCCAAGAAUGCUGCUGGAAUGAGCAAGCCUUCCCUGCCGUCGCUUAGAUUCAAGCUCAAGGGAAAAUUCAAUGUUCCAUCACCACCAGGAACCCCGCAAGUCACUAGAGUCGGUAAGAACUAUGUCGACCUGAAGUGGGAGAAGCCUGUAAGUGACGGUGGCUCUCGCAUUACCGGAUAUAUCAUUGAACGAAGGGAUAUUGGUGGGGCCGUAUGGGUAAAAUGUAAUGACUACAAUGUCCUAGACACCGAGUACACAGUCAUCAACUUAAUUGAGAUGGGCGAUUAUGAGUUCCGCAUCUUUGCUGUGAAUGCAGCCGGUCGUUCGGAGUCCAGUUUAUGUACAAUGCCAAUCAGAGUUUGUGAAGUCUUGGGUGGAGAAAAGCCAGAAUGGAUCACACGAUUGCAGGACAGAAUCGCUCCGUGCGGAAAGGACUUUACAGUCCAAUGUGCCGCUUCUGGCAAGCCCAUUCCCACGGCCAGAUGGCUUCGCAAUGGCAAGGAAAUUCAGAUGGGCGGCGGACGAAUCACAUGCGAUAGUAAGGAUGGCGUCUUCCGCCUGCAUAUAUCAAAUGUGCAAGCCGGAGACGAUGGCGACUAUACAUGUGAAGCGAUCAAUUCACUUGGAUUUGUUCAUACAUCGGGCUAUCUGAAAAUCGGAUCUCCCCCGAUCAUCAACAGGUGUCCCAGCGAACUGUACCUGCCAGAAGGAGACAAUACAAAGAUAAAGGUCUACUAUUCUGGAGAUCAGCCACUAGCUGUGAAAAUCACGAGGAAUAACGAAGUUAUUUCAGACAACCCAGAUGAAUCUCACUUUAAGUUUACCCUAUUCGACGAUUAUGUUGCGAUCUUCAUUCGAGACAUAGUGAAGAGCGACGCAGGCCUAUAUCAAAUUGAAUUCUCCAAUGAUUCCGGAAGUGCAACCGGACAAUUUGAUGUACGUAUCACUGGCCUGCCGUCGGCUCCCACAGGUCCAAUGGGAGUAUCCCACAUCAACAAACACUCGUGCACUCUGGCCUGGCGUGCGCCCUCCUACGAUGGUGGUCUGAGAGUGACUCAUUAUGUCGUCGAGAGGAAGGAUAUGGCCUCACCGCAUUGGAUAACAGUGUCAAGCAGCUGCAAAGAUACGUCCUUUAAUGUGCAGGGUUUAAUUGAAAACCAAGAGUACAUAUUCCGCGUGAUGGCUGUAAAUGAGAACGGCAUGGGUCCACCCCUGGAAGGACUGAACCCAAUUCGCGCAAAGGCCCCAAUUGAUCCUCCCUCACCCCCAGGUAUUCCUCAAAUCACUGAGAUUGGAGGUGAUUUUGUGCAUUUGGAAUGGAGCAAACCGGAGUCGGAUGGCGGUGCUCACAUUCAAGGCUACUUGGUCGAUAAACGAGAGGUUGGUAGCGACACAUGGCAGCGUGUGAACGCAAUCAUCUCUGCUGCCAACCAAAUAAACUGUUCCAAUCUGAUUGAAGGUCGUCAGUAUGAAUUCCGAGUUUUCGCUCAGAAUGUGGCAGGGCUAUCGAAAGAAUCGACCGCCUCCCAGGCUGUUAAGAUCAUAGAUCCGAAGGCGGCUUCGCCUCCUUUGAUUGUGAAACCGCUACGCGAUGCCAAUUGUAUUCAAAACCACAAUGCUCAAUUCACAUGUACAAUAAGUGGCGUACCAAAACCAACAAUUACCUGGUACAAGGGGGCCCGCGAGAUAACCAAUGGGGCCCGUUACCACAUCUACUCAGAGGGUGACGAUCAUUACCUUCAUAUUAACGACAUAUUCGGAGAAGACGCUGAUGAGUACGUCUGUCGCGCUGUCAACAAAGCCGGAGCAAAGUCAACUCGGGCCGCACUGGCUAUUAUGACUGCUCCGAAAUUGAAUGUUCCACCUCGAUUCAGAGACACUGCCUACUUCGAUAAGGGCGAGAAUGUUAUAAUUAAAAUACCAUUCACUGGCUUCCCGAAACCUCGUAUUAAUUGGGUUAGGGAAGGAGAGAAUAUUGAAUCUGGUGGUCAUUACCAUGUGGAGGUCAAGGAGAGACACGCCGUUUUAACAAUACGGGAUGGUUCACGCCUGGACUCGGGACCAUAUAGGAUUACGGCUGAAAAUGAGCUUGGCUCAGAUACGGCAAUCAUUCAAGUGCAAAUCAGUGAUCGUCCGGAUCCUCCACGCUUCCCGAUAAUCGAAAGCAUUGGCACUGACUCCUUGUCCCUCAGCUGGAAAUCACCUAUCUGGGAUGGAGGCAGUGAUAUAACAAACUAUUUUGUUGAGCGACGUGAACAUCCGCUAUCUUCGUGGAUACGUGUAGGAAACACCCGCUUUACUUCAAUGGCAGUCACUGGACUGACACCUGGAAAAGAGUACGACUUCCGCAUUUUCGCGGAUAACGUCUAUGGACGCUCUGAACCCUCAGAUAUUAGCACAUUGAUUAAGACGAAAGAGUCUAUCAAAAAGAAGACGACAGAGCGUAAAUGGGAGCUCGACGAGAGUGGCAAGAAGAUACGCGGUAAAGCUGAUGGGCCAAUCAAGGAUUAUGACUCAUACGUCUUCGAUAUUUAUUCGAAAUUCGUACCACAACCUGUUGAAAUUUCCCAGCAAAGUGUAUACGAUAAGUAUGAUAUCCUCGAGGAAAUUGGUACCGGGGCUUUCGGUGUGGUACAUCGAUGCCGGGAACGAAGCACAGGAAACAUUUUUGCGGCCAAAUUCAUUCCUGUGUCGCAUGCUAUUGAGAAGGACCUUAUUCGUCGAGAAAUAGAUAUUAUGAACCAGCUGCACCAUCAAAAACUUAUCAAUCUGCACGAUGCCUUCGAAGACGACGACGAAAUGGUUCUAAUACUAGAAUUCUUAUCUGGGGGCGAACUAUUCGAGCGCAUUACAGCUGAGGGCUAUGUUAUGACAGAAGCCGAAGUUAUUAACUACAUGAGACAAAUUUGCGAAGGCAUCAGGCACAUGCACGAGAAGAAUAUUAUUCACUUGGAUAUCAAGCCUGAGAAUAUUAUGUGCCAAACCCGCUCCAGUACGAAUGUCAAGCUAAUUGACUUUGGUUUGGCCACCCGAUUGGAUCCCAACGAAGUCGUUAAAAUCACAACUGGAACAGCUGAGUUCGCUGCCCCAGAAAUAGUUAACAGAGAACCAGUUGGUUUCUAUACGGACAUGUGGGCUACAGGAGUUCUGACCUAUGUUCUAUUGAGUGGACUUUCCCCAUUCGCUGGAGAAAACGACGUUCAAACACUUAAGAACGUUAAAGCAUGUGACUGGGAUUUCGAUGUUGAAUCCUUCAGACACAUAUCUGAAGAAGGAAAAGAUUUUAUACGGAAGUUGCUUUUAGCCAACAAAGAAAAACGAAUGACGGCACACGAAUGCCUUUUGCAUCCUUGGCUCACUGGAGAUCACAGCGGUUUGACGCAAAAGAUUGCACGCGAUCGUUACCUAGCCUAUCGCGAAAAAUUGAGGAAAAAAUACGAGGACUUUGAAAAAUAUUUGUUGCCGAUGGGCCGUCUAUCAGAAUAUUCCUCUCUGAGAAAAUUGCUAAUGGAGAAAUAUAAAAUUCACGAUGCCGUUUUCGAUCGACGACAAGCAGCGCCGCGAUUCGUCAUUCGUCCGUCUUCCCAAUUUUGCUAUGAGGGCCAAAGUGUAAAGUUCUACUGCCGAUGCAUUGCAACUGCUACACCCACACUCACCUGGUCACACAAUAAUAUCGAGCUGCGACAGAGUGUAAAAUUUAUGAAACGCUACGUUGGGGACGACUACUAUUUCAUCAUUAACCGUGUGAAGUUAGAUGACAGGGGAGAGUAUAUAGUACGUGCCGAGAACCACUAUGGAUCCAGAGAAGAGGUCGUUUUCCUAAAUGUCCAACCACUGCCAAAAGAACAGCCCAGGUAUCGAACGGAAUCGACUCCGGUUCGAAGGCGUGAACCAUUACCUUACACAUUCUGGCAAGAAGAGUCCGAGUCGGCACCCAGUUUUACAUUCCUUUUGCGGCCACGCGUCAUGCAGGCCCGCGAUACUUGCAAGCUGCUUUGUUGUUUAAGUGGCAAGCCAGUACCAUCCGUAAAGUGGUACAAGGAAGGUCGCGAGCUUAGCAAAUACGAAUACGCAAUGACCCACUCUGAUGGAGUUGUCACUAUGGAAAUAAUUGACUGUAAACCCUCCGAUUCUGGAAAAUACACCUGCAAAGCAUCCAAUUGCCAUGGAACAGAUGAGACCGAUUGCGUCGUUAUCGUUGAAGGAGAAUGGGUUACGCCUGAGCAGGCAGAGCUUGCCCACAAUUUCCUUUACUCAGGAGAUCGCAAGUAUAUAGAGCAGCCGAUUAAACCUGCCCCACCACCAAUUAUAACAUCCCGCCAGUUUACUUCAACACAUAACUCGUCAGAAACUAAGACUGACAGUACUACCACAUCAAGCUCAACUAGUUCCUCUACCAUACAGAAUAGCAUUUCAGGCAAAAAGAAAUAUGCGGCUAAUAGCCUUCAGGCUCCCGGAAGCCCCUCAAGGUCACGUAGUGCCACCAAAGAGUUAAUACUUCCGCCAGAUGAUUCCUUAAUGUGCAAGCCUGAGUUUACGAAGCCCCUUCACGACUUAACUAUUCGUGAUGGUGAACAGUUGGUAUUGACUUGCCAUGUGAAAGGUGACCCAGAACCCCAGAUCACGUGGUCCAAAAACGGAAAGUCCAUUUCAUCGUCUGACAUUAUCGACUUGAAAUACAAAAACGGCGUUGCAACUUUAACUAUCAAUGAAGUUUUUCCUGAAGACGAGGGAGUGUUCAUAUGCACGGCUACAAACUCGAUUAGCGCACAGGAAACCAAAUGCAAGCUAACCGUUAAACCGCUAGAUAAGAACUCUAAACGGCAUGUGGUUGGCAGCGACAAACCACCAAAAAUAGUCAGUCACUUAGAAUCGCGGUUUGUCAAAGAUGGCGAUGCAGUAACAUUGGCCUGUCGUAUUAUUGGAGCCGAGCAUUUCGAUGUGGUCUGGCUGCACAACAACAAGGAGAUCAAGCCCAGCAAGGACUUCCAAUACACUAAUGAAGCCAACAUAUACCGAUUGCAAAUUGCCGAGAUUUUCCCUGAAGACGGCGGAACCUACACUUGUGAGGCGUUCAAUGAUGCUGGCGAGUCGUUUAGCACCUGUACAAUCAACGUCAACGUACCUGGGGAUGAAGCGAAGCACCCGACCUUUGUAAAGUUCCCCAUUUCAGUUUCAGUGACUGAGGGCGAAAAUGCCACCUUCGAAUGCGAACUAGACUCAACGCCUCUAAAUCUGGUUUGGCUAAAGGAUGGCAAACCUAUUGAUGAAACCCGUACUCGAUACUCAUUUACGAAAGACGAAAACCGAUAUGCUUUUACAGUGAACGGAUGUAUCAUGGACGAUGUUGGUCAAUACCAGGCCAAGGCAGUCGCCAAAAAGAGUGAAAGCAUAUGUGCAUUUUCGGUAAACGUUCACAGCACCGAAGGCUAAGAUAGAAGAAAUAUGAUCCAUUCAAAUAACUAUAUAAUAUCUACAUGUAUACAUAUUCAUAGCCUCAUACUUGCAUAAAUACUACCAGUACGAGUAUGUAGCAGUAUAAGUUAUGAAUGUGCGUUCACAGAAAUUAUUAGACUGCUCAUACAACGUCGCUUUCAUUAUUCAUACGUGUACAUAUAUAUAUAUACAGUAUAUAUGUACAAAUAUGUUUAUCUAUGCAUAUGUAGUAUGCUAUACACUUGCAUUUCAUCCAUUUCAUCUCAUCCGUACUCCGGCAAUAUCACACUACUCUUGAAUUGUGCUCUUAUGUACAAACCAUAACUCCCACAUUAAAUAUUGAUAUUAUAUUUUAAAUCGAACCAAUAUUGUCUACGCGUACGUUUAAGCAAAAUUUAAAAUAAUUUAAUAUUUUCACAUUUCUAUGACCUAAUAUAAUGAUGACCAUGAACUUAUAUAAACUGAACGGCAAAAUAGCAAACAAAGGGCCUCGCUAGUUUAGUGACUUUUGGGCAUCCUCAAUAAACAUCAAAAACUCAAAUAGUCAAUAAAAUAGUUGAGGCUUCUUGUCUGCAGCCACAGAUCUGUACUAGCAUAACCCACGACAAAAAGAAAUGCGGACGGUUAUUGACACAAAAAUAAACAUAACAAUUGUGAAAUGAAAAUAAAAGUCAGAAUAUUUAAA